CCCGCAGGAAAGUCCGCGCACGCCCCGGCGUCCAGAGCGUGGUCACCGAGGAACGCGCCGUGGCCUCGGGCGGCCCUGACGUCACGACAGCCCCGCGCCCCCGAGUAUUUACCUUCGAAAAUUGAUGGCGGCUGCAGUCUGGGCCCAGACCCUGUGCAACUGAAGACAUGGAGUUUGUGUCUGGAUACCGGGAUGAGUUCCUAGAUUUUGCUGCCCUCCUCUCUGGCUGGUUCCGCAAGUUUGUGGCUGAGCGAGGGCCUAUGGGCGCCAGCCUUGAGGGCCGCUGGCGACAGCUGGAGGCUCAGAUCAGAAGGCUGCCCCAGGAUCCUGCCCUUUGGGUGCUCCAUGUCUUACCCAACCGUAGUGUGGGCAUCAGCCUGGGGCAAGGGCCAGAGCCAGGCCCUGGCCCAGGCCUGGGGGCUGCCCUGCUUCUGGGAGAUGAGCCCCCACUGCACUUGCGAGACCUAAGCCCCUAUGUCAGCUUUAUCAGCCUGGAGGAAGGGGAGGAGGAGGAGGAAGAGGAAAAGAAUAAAGAGGGGGGUAGAAGCAUGGAGAAGAUAGAAGAGAAGGAUGGGCAGCCAGCCCCUGGCAGCAGGGAGUUCUCCCAGGAAGCAAACCCUCCAGAGGAGCCAGAGGAGGCUGAGCAGGACGCAGGAGGUGGUGCGAAUGGCUUCCAAGAGGACAGGGUAGAGGACAAAACAGGCCCUGAGAGGAGGAAGGGUCAGAGAAGCGAAGCUGUCCCCUUGCACCUUUCCUGCCUCUUACUGGUGACAGAUGAACACGGCACCAUCUUGGGCAUUGACCUGCUAAUGGAUGGAGCCCAGGGAAGGGCAGGCAGGGGUUCAGGGACAGAGCACCUGGCUCCUCAGGCCUAUGCUCUCCUCUGCCACAGCAUGGCCUGCCCCAUGGGCUCCGGAGACCCCCGGAAACCCCGAAAGCUUACUGUGGGAGACGCCCAGCUGCAUCGAGAGCUGGCGACUCUGGUCCCAAGGCUGGGAGUGAAGUUAGCCAAGACCCCAAUGCGGACAUGGGGCCCCCGGCCAGGCUUUACCUUUGCCUCCCUUCGGGCUCGAAUCUGCCAUGUUUGUCACAGGCACAGCUUUGAAGUGAAGCUGACACCCUGUCCCCAGUGUAGAGCUGUCUUGUACUGCGGAAAGGCUUGUCUCCAGGCUGACUGGCGGCGAUGCCCAGAUGAUGUGAGCCACCAGUUUUGGUGCCCAAGGCUUGCAGCCUUCAUGGAGCGGGCUGGAGAGCUGGCAGCUCUGCCUUUCACCUACACCACAGAAGUGACCAGUGAAACCUUCAACAAGGAGGCCUUCCUGGCCUCACGAGGCCUUACUCGUGGCUACUGGACACAGCUCAGCAUGCUGAUUCCCGGCCCUGAUGCACCCAGGCACCCCUGGGGCAACACAACAUCCCUCAGCCUUCUUCUCAAUGGAGAUCCCUACCAGCUUCUCCACAGGAACGGGCCACCCCUGAUGCCUCCUGUGCCCCCAGAUCCACCCAGGGGCCUCUUUGGCUCGUGGCAGGAUUACUACACAUGGCGGGGCCUCAGCUUGGACUCCCCCGUGGCUGUGCUUCUUACCUACCCACUGACUGUGUACUACAUCAUCACCCACCUGGUGCCCCAGUCUUCCUCUUACCCAGUCCCUGAGCUCAACAUCCAGAACAAGCAGUCACUGAAAAUCCACGUGGUGGAGGCCGGGAAGGAGUUUGACCUUGUAAUGGUGUUCUGGGAGCUCUUAGUCUUGCUCCCCCACAUGGCCCUGGAGCUGCAGUUUGUGGGUGAUGGCCUACCCCCCGAGAGUGACCAGCAGUGUUUUACCCUGCAAAGGGAUGGCCCUGAAGUAUCUCUCCGUCCUUGUUCAGAAGUAUCAGCACACCUCAGCUCCGGGAAUAAGGAGAAGGGGGGCCGCAGGGACCUGCAGAUCAAAGUGUCAGUUCGGUCCUACCACCUGCUCCAGGGGCCCAAGCCUGACCUAGUUGUUGGGUUUAACCCUGGCUUUGGACUCAAGGACACUUGGCUGAGCUCGCUGCCUCGGUUACAGUCCCUCCGAGUGCCAGCCUUCUUCACGGAGAGCAGCGAGUACAGCUGUGUGAUGGACGACCAGACCAUGACGGUGGCCACAGGAGGGGGCACCAGCCCUCCACAGCCCAACCCCUUCCGCUCCCCCUUCCGCCUCAGAGCGGCCGACAACUGCAUGCCCUGGUACUACAACGCCUUCAUCUUCCACCUGGUCUACAAGCCGCUGCCAGCGAGCGCGGCCCGCCCAGCGCCAGGACCUGCGCCCCGAGCUCCAACUCCCCCGGCUCCUCUCGCCCGCACCUGGAGGCGCCGAGGAGAAAAGAAACUUGGGCGGGCGGCCCGCCGGCGGAAGUGAGGGCUGAAAGGUAGCAGUCCCCCCUGACCCCCAACACUCCUCCGAAAGGAGAACAAUACGCACAUUGCCGAGGGGGAGGCCGAUUAGUGGAACACGAAAAGCUAAAUAAAAUUGAAACCACUGAGUCGUA